GCCGAUGACCAAACUUCUUCAAGCCACUCCAACACAUCAUUCACUAUGCGCCCAACUCAAGCUCUUUUCGGCGGCGGCGGCCCUGAGGUCGGAAAGUACGGAAGGUACAUCGGUGAUUGGGGCAACUUCGGUACCCCAAAGCAAAAGGGAAUCGUCUACUACGGCCUGAGCGCUAACGCUCAGCGUCCUCUUGCCGGAGCUCUCCACGCCGCUUUCUUCAACACCUGGAGGCGAUUCAGCGCCCAGGUCCUUUACGUCGCACCUCCAUUCAUUGUCGCAUACCUUGCUAUGGACUGGGCUAUCCAGAGGAACCACUACCUGAACUCGAAGCCAGGGCGUGCUGAGCAUGGUGAGGAGGCAUAAACGGUGUCUGUCCCAUGAGAGAGGGGUUGUAGAUUGUGCUUGGGUGUGAAUAUAUGGGCUAUAUCAGGCUGGAUCGUUUGAAUGGUCCAUAUGGAGUAGCCAAAGAGCCCUCUGUAUUGUAUAGAAGUACGAAAUAGAGCAAGUUUCAGCAGGGC